AUGACAUUUCCCUUCCCCCUUGUGCUGACCCUCCUGCUGCUGGUCACCUCUCUCAGUGCGGGUAAUGGGAUUAACCAGUAUGUGGAACUUUUAAAAGAUGUUGCACGCUUAUUAGGAGAAGGAGAAACCGAUCCAAUCCCUGCCCAUGCAAAAUCAGGUUCCAAAGAUUCCAAAAGGAUUCAGUCUCUGAUCUCCAGUCUGAUGGGUGGACUCAGAACUUUGAGUGUUCUACCUCAACAGAAUGUGGCCUCUUUUCUUACUAAACGGGCACUGGGCAGUAAACAACUCUCUGCCUUUCUCUACAACAUUUCUCUGUACUUGCAAAGCAACAAUCCCCAGGAUCCAGCAGCUGAAAGCUUCAUAUUGAACACUCUGGAUUCAGAAGAGGCGGAGAAUGGAUCUCCACCCAGAGCCACACUGGAACUAAGGGACUUCUUUGUUUCUUUGAGGGCCAGCCAGAACCUGGACAGUCUCAUUGAACUUCUGCAAAGUGUCCUGGACUUGGUCACCAACCGUCAGCUGCUCGGUUGGAUUUUUCAGAAGGAGAACAGGGAGGUGCUGGUUGGAUUGAUUGAAACUCUUUCCCAGACUUUAUUUAGUGGGACUUAUGCACAAGCCAAAGCCAGUAUUCAGGAGCUGAUGUGUUCCCUAACCAGCCAGACAGACUGCAGCGUUAACGUGGACUGGCUUGAAAGUCUGGGCAAGCUACUCAAUUGGAAAAACUGGAAGUCAGUGAUCAACUUCCAGCCAAAUGGUCCACCUCCCAGAAAUGAAAGAUUCCGACCUUGGAAUGAGCCUCGAGAAUCUGGGAGUGACAGGAAUCCUGUGAACACGGUGGAGACUAUUAACACUGUGCAGAGUCUUCUGCAGAUUCUUUCCAAGCCCAGUGGCAGGAGAGGUGGCUCUGAGGGGGCACCCUUGGUGAAUCAAUCCCAAAACAUCUGGGGUGAGGCUGCCUUGUGGGGUGGGCUGCAAGAGCUGAGGCAGAAUAUUUUGCGCAAGGUUGGGACCUCUGUCUAUACAAACUUCAAGAGGAAGGUAUCACGGAUGACAGGCUCUCUGGUAAAUGAGGUCUCAUCUGUUAUUGGAAUCCCUCAAUCAGAUCAAAAUGGGAAAUGUUCUGCAGGGAAUUUAAGGCAACUCCUUUUAUGGGGCAUCAAGAACAACAUCUCCUGGGACACGCCCAUCCUGGGGUUCGGUUCCCGAGGGAUUUUGGAGACGCCCUUCCUCGCCUGUCGGCGAGGGGACCAGGCACCGAGGAAGCCGCGCCAAGUGUCCCGGAGGUCGGGGGAGGUGGGCGAGGGCGAGGGCGGCUCUCCGAGCGCCGGCAGCCUGGAGACCGUCUGCAAUGACUCCAGUCCCGGGUUACCCGGGGUCUCCAACUUCACCGUCUACCUCUACUGCAACCUCCUCAACCGGAGCAGCGGCUCCAGCCGGCCGCCGCCCGACCUCCGGGCCGCCUGCUCGGACGCUGCCUGGUACCUGUCGGUAGCUGAGGAGGAUCUGUACUGGGCGCAGUUCUGCAGGAGCUUCUACCCGUCCGAGUUCGCCUCCAGCGUCUGCAGCGAGGUGUCCCUGCGGAGCGCACAGGACCUCGGCCGGUCCUGGGUCCUCCCGCUCUGCUCGGGGCUGCAGAGAGGCUCCCGGAACGUCAACAUCUCCGCCGGUGCAUGCUACAGCCUGCCGGGCAACCACCCAGACUAUCUCCGCCAGUGCGUGCUCCCGGAGUCUCUGCGGGAGCUCUGCUCCAACCAGACCUUGGUGCAGAGUGCGAGCGGUCAGCGGGUCGUGGCUGAGCUUUGCGGUCAGUUCAGCGGACCGGGGCUUAACCCGGCUUCUCCCGACCACCUCUGCUCGCGAGUGAAGCUGCUGGAGGAUCUGGGCGUGAACAAGACUUGGGUCAACCAAGUGUGCGUGUGGCUGGCGGCCGCCUGGCCGGGGCCGCGGGUUGGAGGUGCCAACUGCGAGCGGCUGUUUGGGAAUUGGAGCGCUCUGGGCAGCGCUGAGGAGUGCAUCUCCUGGUACAUCGACCAUCUCUGCUCCAACUCCACUGCUGAGGGUGUCUGGGUCAACCUGUUCUGUGCACACAUGUCCCGUGCCUUGGAGAAGUCCAGAGAUGUAUCCCGCGCCUGCUCCCGUCUGUUUGAGAUUUCCAAUGUCACCGGCAGGGACUUGCAGCACUGCAUCGUUGGGAACGGCACAGCCUACAUCCGCAAACUUUGCCCCGACGGGACGUCCCGUGAACUGGGCGACGGGGCACGGUCAGGGGCGAGUAGCUUUUGCAGGCGGCUUCGCCAAGCGAGCCGGGCGCUGGGUGCUGUGUUGGCCGGAGACCAGCCCUUGGUGUGCGAUUACAACUCGUGGUCCCUGGACAUGUUCCUGGAUGGCGACCUCGUGGAGAGGUGCAGAGAUCUGGACGCCGAGGGCUUUAAGGAGGCGGUUUGCCGGAACGCCACGGUGUAUCGUUGGAUCUCACGGGACCAACCCUGGGUCAUAAAUGACUGCCCGACCCCCGCUGUCCCGGGACGGGGCGAGUGUUUCGCCCGGCGUUUGCUCGACCUGCUGCCCGCACCUUUGAGCAUCAACACGAGUCAACUGUGUGAAAAUCCAGCGGCUUUCCUCAAGGAUCUCCUGGAUCAGUUCAACCGCUGCGACGACCAGAGCUUGGGCUGGAUUUCCGGCGCCAACUACAUUCUUCGGGUCUUCCACCAUCUCCUGGGGCCUCCCGGGCUCGACCACACCGACGAGGAGGUCCAAGGGGUCUUGAGCGAAGCCAUUCUCCUCUCCAGCCUGUUGGACAACUCUUCCUUCUGGGUUACCUUCAACCCCAACGCGUCGGUCAGCAUCUUGCAGACUGUGGACACCUAUCUGAAGGAGGAGACGGACACGACCCUCAAGAAGGACCUUCUCAAUUGUUUCAGUCCAGUGCUCUGGGAUCUGUUACAGAAUGAGAACGAUUCACCAGCUCUGCGAGUUCUUUUUCAGGAGUACCUGCAGAUGCCCCAGGAGAAUUUCCGGAAGCUGCUCAUGUCAGCUGAAAGUGACGCUGUCAAGAAGCUGCUCUCGUACAUGCACAGGACGUGGCGUCAACUUCAGGUGGGCAUUGAAUGGGUUUCCCAGCGCGAUGAGCCGGCUCUGCAAACUCUCACUGCCUCCUUUCUGCACAAGUUUCCGCGGGUGACGCCUGACCUGUUCGUCGACCUGUCGCAGUUCAUCCCUUUCAUGACCGUUUCUGACAUCCUGAGGUUCCCGGUCUCGCUGCUCCUGAACGACAGUGUGCUGGCCGCCAUCCAGAACCACAGCCCCGACAUGAAGGCCAGUCAGAAGAAGGCGUUCGCCAGGAGGCUGCUCCUCGGGGACACCUUCGGACAGGUGGGCUCCUGGCCCCCGCACUUCCUGACCUCGGUCCAGACCCUCCUCCCAUACCUCCCCACGUGUCACUUCCAGCAGCUGACGGCCAACCAGUUGGCUGGGGUGAGUGACCUGCUGCGGAACAGCAGCCUGGACCUGUCCCGGGGCAGACACGUCCUCCGCACCCUCCUCAACUCGAGCCAGAGCCUGACCCGCGGCCAGGUCGAGAGGCUCGGCCGGCUGGCUUGUUUUGCCGGUCAGGCAGACCUCCGAGUGCUGCUCGCUGCCCAGCCACAGGUCUCCAGUGCGCUCUUGGACUGCAUCAGGGACGGCACUGUAGAUCCCAGCAGUGGGGCUGCACAUCUUUUAGCGACCCACCUCUGGGGACGGAACGCAAGCACCUUAGCCCACCAGGACCUGGUGGCUCUCGGCGGGAUCCUACCGGUUCUCGGUGUGCCUCUUCUGCAAAACCUGUCAGCUCACCAAAGGUUAACAGUCAUCUCUGGGCUUGAUUCGGCAUCGGUUACAGCUGCCCAGGCGGAUCAGCUUGUGACUGAGAUUAUCCAGGACACUAACGUGUCUGUGGAUGUCCUUUGCCGCCUGGGUCCCCUGCUGCCCGGCUUCAGUCUCUCUGCUCUGCGGCUCCUCCCCUCCCAGGUUUUGGCUGGUGCCUGCCCGUGCUUCAGCCCUUACCUGGACCAUCUCUCCUCUGCCCAGAAGGCCGUGGUUCUGGAAGCUCUCCGGACUGUGGGAGGUGAAGACAGAAGGCAGCUCUCCCGGUUUGGCUGUCUGAUUCCAUUUGUUCCCUUGAAAGACCUCGUCUUUGAUCCUGAGACCUUCCUGAGAAACCGUAGCCUCUUCCGGGACUGGAUGUGGUCACUGCAGCAGGCCCAGUUUAUUUUCAAGAAGCUUCAGGAUGUGUCAGAUGUAACAAACGCUUCCCUUCUGUCACUGGGGAAUGUGGCCAAAGGUGCAGACUGCAAAGUACUCCGGCAGCAAGCCACAGACUCCGAAUUCCUGGCGGUGGUUGUGUUUCUCAGUGGGCUACACGGUGGAAUCAGGCAGCCUCUGCACAGGUGCAUUAUCAAGGAGCUCAGCCGCUGGCCUGGAAAAUUCCAGAACAACAUCCUGCUAAUGGGCCCAGAGGUUGCGGCCGAUUUACCUCUGAAGAUCUUGAACAGUCUUCCCAAUGACUCAGUGAGAACCAUCCUAGAUCACUUGACGAGGCGCACCUUGCACCUGCUAACCCUCCUGCCCCAUAAACGCAGCUACCUGGCAGACAGAGCCCUCCAGCUCCUGGGAGUUGGAGCAGAGGGUGAAAUUUCAGGAGAGGUUCUGGACAGGCUGGGACCUCUCGUCGCCUUCAUCGAAGAAGGGAAGGUCAGACAAAUCAAUCAAGCCGAUCUGCUGCUCCGCCUUGAUGAGGUCAAAGGUUACUGCAUCCCUGAACAAAAUAGGAAGUCGUUUGGUUGGAUGUUGACCAAGCAGGAUGUGCUGGGGGAUGCUUCUGGCUGGAAUCUACAGCAGAUAGAGUAUAUAGAUAGACUUGUCUUCGUGCUUCCGCCUGAGGAGAUACACAGGCUGCCAAAGGAUGUGCUGAGCCCAGAGACGGUGGAGCUGGUGGUGCGCAGUGAGGGCCGGUGGGAGCGGAGCGAGGUCGGCAGGGCCUGUCAGAGGCAGCAGAGUCGCUCGGCGCGCACCACCCUCCUCAGCAAGAAGCAGAGCCUGGCGGUGAACGCCGUCAAGAGCAUCGUGAAGAGCCGGAGAGAGGGCAGCCCCGAUUGCAUUGAUAUCAAGGCAACGUUUCCUGCUGCCUGGAGCAGCAGCCAGCUCGCCGGGAUGGCAGACAGUGAAUUUGCCGACUGUUUGGAAGUUCUCACCAGUGACCAGGACCUGUCUGUAGAGCAGCUGAAACUUCUGCUGACAAAGGCCAAGCACUUGUACGGCCCCAUAAGGUCAAUGAAACGCUGGCAGGUUCUACGGUUGGGCAGAGCAGCCUCCCAACUCAGUGACAGAGAUCUACAGUCCCUGGAUCUGUUGGACCUGGGCAUUCUCUCAUUCCUGGGGGAAAUCGAUGAAUGGAGCGUUAAACAGAGGAAGGCAGGGUUCGGCAGCUUCCUGUCACAGGCCAGAUGGCAAGUAACUGACCUCGAUGCCACAACACUGGUAGCCUUGGGACAUUUCAUCUGUGGAAUGUCGGUCUGGGAGAUGGAAAGGAUCCGUCCUGAGGAAUUCAGUAAAGCCGUGUUGUUCAUUGGCAACUUGAAGCUGAGAUGUUCUGAAAGCCAAUUGGAAGCUCUGGCUAAGCUGACCACCCACUCUGAGGCCUUUGGGCCAGUUAGCAAGUGGGGGGCUGAAAUCUUCACUGAAAUUGGCUCCAUUGCAGCGGGAUUAGCUGACAUGGCACUAUCAUCGCUGGUCGAACAGCAGAUUGAAGGGCUCAUACCUUCCGCCAUCUCCCUCAUCCCCCCCAGUAAAUUCGCGGUCGUGUUCAGCACCGAUCAGCUGUCCUACUUCACCAGUGCCCAGGCCUCCGCUGUGACCGCCAGACAGUACGAGAAGCUGAGCCCGGAGCAGAGGCGGACUGUCAGCGCCGCGCAGUACGAUGGCGAACUUCACCAGGAGCAGAGGGGCAAGAAUAAUUCACCCUUAUCAGCCUCAUUCAAACUCACUGUCCUCUAUGUGUGCCUCUCUGUGACCUACAGUCUUGGGACACGUUAGAGUGGAUGUCUACUGGAAUGGAUUUAUGCUGGAUUUGGAUUCUGAUUUUUGUACAAAUUCUGAUAUUUGAACUAAAUAGUGAAUAAAAAUUGGACUGGAA